AUGUUCAGUGGGAAAUUGCUGUCGAUGGGUUUGAGAUCCCGAGUGUCCUAUGCAUGCGUACAUUUGAGUGCUAGAGAGUCGAGCAUCGCUCCAGAAUACGUCGAUUCAGAACAGCAGAAGGACAACUCUGGAGAGGGCCCUAGCCGGUCUCGCCGACCAGCUGACAAGGAGAAAGAAGAAAUUUUACGUGAGACAAGGAAGCGCAUCAAAAGAUGGAAAGCUCGAAAUGCUUAUCUACCAGAGCAUGCUGAUGAGGCCGAAGAAGAUUCAUCUGGAGAUGGCCUCAGGCGAAUCUCCGAAGUGGAAUUUGUUCAAAAAGCCGAAGAGGAGGAACGCGAGUGGGCUGAGCGUGCUGAGGACCUGAUGUCAAAUCUCAGCUUCGUAUCAGCAGACGAAAAAAAAGCUAUCACGCCACUCCCGGCAAAAUGGUCCGAGUUGACUCCCGAGGAAUUGGAGUUGAAGCGAAAGACCGGCAAAACCGUAUUCCGUUCAAUAAUCUAUAAUGAGGGCGAAUUACAAGGAUCCGAUCUCACAAUGCCACCCUCACCAGCUAAUCCGCAUCCAUUUGAUCCAUCAAAGCACGCUCCUCCAGUAUACAGCCGAUCUAUUGUUCCCUUUGUCAAUCAUUCUCCUCUUCUGCAAGCGCUUGUUGACAUCGGUAUGAAUCUGUUUGAGGUGGAACAAACAACCCGAGCUGCUAAGCAUCUUCUGCGUCUUGAUAUGCAGAAGGAGGUGAAGCCAAAGCUUCAAUGGCUUGUUUCACUCGGCUUCGAUGUUGAGGAUUUGGGCGAAUAUCUGACGCGGAAUCCGUUUUUCUUACUUCAAGAUCUUAGCGAUAUGCAGGCUCGAGUCAAUUAUUUAACAUCAAUGAAGUUCUCCACAGAAGACGUUUGUAAAAUCAUCAAAGACUUUAGAUAUUGGCUGAACGUAGAUGUAAAGACCAUGGACUCUCGAUUAGGAUGGAUUCAGCAACAAUUUGGAUUGACCGGAGAUGAAGUUCGGAGCCUUAUUCGUAAGGAAGCUCGCAUCCUAAUGUUUGGCCUAGGGCCGCUGCAACGGCUGGUGAUUCUGUUUAACAAGGAGUUUGAGUUCUCCUCGAAAGAGAUGAAGAAGAUUCUAUUGACUGAUCCUCGAGUGUUCAUGAUGGAUCCAAAGUUCAUAAUUACGAACUAUGGUUACAUUCAUCGAGUAAUGCGUCUUUCCAAUUCUGUGAUUGCGAAACAUCCAUUCAUUCUUCGUUGCUCACACAGCAGCAUUCGGAAUAGGCACGAGUUCCUGAAGAAACUAGGAAGAGCUGUCUAUGAGGGCGAGAUUGUGGAUGGCAAAUCAGAGACCUCGUCCAAGGAUAAGAGUGAUUGCGAGCAGGUGCCCAUAGAAGUCUUCUUGGACCCUAGUGAUGAGGUUUUUGCACGAAAGGCAGCAAACACAUACCUAGCCGUUUACAACAAUUUCCUUCGGAAUCACUGA